GGAAUUGACCAAAUAAUAUUUCUUUUAUUAUUAGCUAUGGCUUAUAAUACCAACUUUGACCAAGUCGGACAGGCAUUUAUAGCACAUUACUAUAGCAAAUUUGACGUUCCUGAUGUAGCUGCUCGUACUGCUGGUCUUACUGACCUUUACGAUGCUGAUCUAUCAUUUAUGACUUUUGAAGGAACUCCGGUUAGAGGUCGGGCUGCUAUUUUGGAAAAGUUUGGAUCGUUGCAAUUUCGUUCCAUUCAGCAUGCUAUUACUAUGACUGAUUGUCAACCUCUUCCAGACGGAUCGAUUCUUGUUACUGUUAUUGGGCAAUUGAAGACGGAUGAUGAUCCAGUUAAUUCGUUCAAUCAUUGUUUUGUGUUGAAACCAAAUACUACUGGUUCUUUCUAUAUUUCAAAUGAAAUCUUCCGUCUCAUACUCCAUUAA